UAUUAAGUUUAUUAUGGAAUUUUGUAAUACACCCUUUUUGAACUGGACACUAACCUGGGAUACCGAUAUCCCUGAGCUGACCACAUGUUUCAUGCAUACAGUAUUACCGAUAUUUCCACUCACAAUACUAUUAGUGAUACUUCCAUAUGAUGUAUAUGUUGUUCGUAAAUCAUAUCAAAAAGUACCGCCAAUUCCUUAUCAAUGGAAAAAUAUUACACAUUUACUUACAAUCAUAUGUCUGACAAUUAUAUCGAUUAUAAAUUUAUCAAAAAAUUUGUGGCAAUACUUUAAAAAUGAAAUCAAUUUACCUGCGAGUGAAGUGUUGGCAUAUUUAGUAAAAUUACUUACUUAUAGUUUGGUCACAAUUUUGGUGUUUAUAUUCCGUCGGUAUGGUUAUCGACAUCCGUCAUCAAUACCUGUCCAUUGGUUGGCAGGAGUUUCGUGUGUCUUAACUAAUUUAUAUCAUGUUUUUGUAAAAUAUAAUAAUAACACCAAUAGUCCUACAUUUGAUGCCACAAUCAGUUGUCUAGAAGUUUACCUCUCAAUCCAAGCAUUGGUUAUAUCAUGUUUGACACAAAAAAUAUCUGAUUUCGAGACACUGGAUACUGAUGGCCAACAUUAUUGUCCAAUGAAUGAUUUUAAUGUAUUUUCCCGUGUGUUCAUCACAUGGAUGCUAAAGAUUUUGAAAGCGGGUUACAAAACAAAUGCAGAUCUGAAACAGUAUUUACUGGCAUUAUGUGAUUACGUUACCUCCCGGAGCUCAUUCAAAACGUUUCAAUCGGUUAACAAAAAAUACAAUCCAAACGCAAAACUAGUUUCAGAGAUUAGACUAUUGCCACUGAUUUGGUGGACAGCGUGGUCUUCGUAUAUAAUAUCAGCCGUUCUUCAGAUUGGAUUAAUUGCCUUCAAUUUUGUUCAGCCAUAUAUUCUUGAGUAUCUCAUCGACUUUAUCUCUAAUAAAGAUGAACAUCUAUGGCACGGAGUGUUCUUUGCUAUUUGCUAUAGUUUGGCCCUUAUCUUCGCCCGUGUAUUUGACAAUCAUAGCUAUUGGUUUUCUAGUUUGGCAUACUAUAGGGUACAAUCAUCGCUUAUUCAGUCACUGUAUGCCAAAAUGCUUCGUCUAAGUCCCAGUGCUCGCCGUGAAUAUACUACUGGUGAAAUCAAUAAUAUUUUGGGUGUCGACGUGACCGAGAUUUGCGGUUUCUUUCAUGAAAUGUCAAAUUUAUAUUGCGUUCCCAUCAGUCUGGGAAUUGGACUAUACAUUGUUUGGCAACAGUUGGGUCCGGCAUCGAUGACUUUGGUGGUCGCACUGCUAUUUGUCGGACCGUUUACCACAUUUGUGAUGAAACGUAUAGACAAUCUACAGACACAACAGAUGGAGUUUAAAGACAAACGUAUGGAACAAAUGAGUGAAAUCUUGAAUAAUAUUAAACUAUUGAAACUGUUUGGUUGGGAGAAACCUUUCAUUAAAAGAGUGGCAGAAACCAGGAAUCAGGAACUAAAAACAUUAAACACAUCUAACUAUUGGUGGAUAUGUAUUGAUAUUCUGUGGACAUGUAUACCAAUGGUCAUCGCUGGCCUGUCAUUCACAAUCUAUACCCUAACAUCUGGUGAACCAUUUAGCGCAAAGAAGGCAUUUGUAACUCUUUCUGUAUUAAAUCUCUUAAGAGGACCGAUGGGCCGGAUUCCCAAUGUAUUGAGUCAUUUAGUGCGAGCUAUCGUUUCAUUUAAGCGAAUCCGGAAGUAUUUGAGUGCCGAAGAAUUAGACCAAAGUUUAGGAAAUGUUGAUGACUUUAGAGAAGAUAUCAACGAUGAAAGACAUGCAGUUUCGUUAAAUAAUUGUUCAUUUGCUUGGAAUCUAAAUGAAGAACCAAUUUUGAAAGAUUUUAGUUUAAAAGUAAGAAAGGGUUCACUGGUAGCUAUAGUCGGACGGGUUGGGUCCGGUAAAUCAUCACUUUUUUCAGCAAUUAUGGGGGAUAUGUAUCAAACUGUAGGAAAGCGAAAAGCAAUUACCGGUAGUGUGUCAUAUGUUCCUCAAUCAGCAUGGAUUCAAAACAUGAGUUUAAGAAAUAAUAUAGUUUUUGUCUCUGAAUAUGAAUCGACAAAAUAUGAGAGAGUAAUCACUGCCUGUGCUCUCAAAACAGACUUUGUUUUAUUACCGGCGCGUGAUUUGUCUGAAAUCGGAGAAAAGGGAAUCAAUUUAAGUGGCGGACAAAAACAUAGAGUGAGUUUAGCCCGAGCUGUAUAUCAGGACACAGAUGUGUAUUUAUUGGACGACCCUUUAGCGGCUGUGGACGCACACGUAGCUCAACAUCUGUUUGAACACGUAAUCGGACCAAAAGGACUGUUAAGACGAAAGACUCGUAUAUUGGCUACACAUAACAUACACUUUCUUAAAGAUACUGAUUAUAUAAUAGUUAUGAGCGACGGACGUAUUCUGGAUUCGGGUUCAUAUGAAGAGUUGUCUGAUAGAGGAAUGCUUUCGGAACAGUUGUUCACUACUGAAUCAGAUGACAAAUCAGUUAAUAGUGAAGAUCAAACAUCCCGUCAGACAUCACGUCAAACAUCACGAAUGCUUUCAAAUGAUACAAAUAUACAGAUAUCGAGACAAUUGUCAAAACAGACUUCACGACAACUAUCACAGAGAAGUGAAUCACAGAUUGAGAAUAAAAAAGAGACACUAAAAGAAAGGUUAGAAAGAGAGGCUGAAAAUUGUCAGCUUAUUGAUGAAGAGCACCAGGAGUUUGGAAGUAUUAAAUAUACUAUUUAUUUGGAUUAUCUGCGCCGAUGUGGGCUCUGGUUUUUUAUUAUGGGAUUUGUCAGUACAUUCAUGUUCAAUGCUUCCGAAGUUGGCGGAAACUAUUGGGUCAGUUAUUGGACAUCAAAAAAUACCACUGAAACCGAUACUACCAAAGCUCGAGACGAAUUCCUUACAUUUUAUUUGACAGCUAUGGUAUUGGACGCACUGUUUGUUUUAUUUGCACAGUUGGGUCUGAGAAAAGGUGCCAUUAGGGCAUCACGUGUAUUGCAUAACGAUAUGUUAGAACGUAUACUUCGUACACCACUUUCCUUCUUUGAUGUCACUCCUUUGGGACGUAUUAUCAAUCGAUUCAAUCACGACUUAGAGAUGAUUGACACAGAAAUACCGUUUUUUUAUGCCGAAACAAUUUCCACAGUAUUUUGGUUUAUAUUGAUUCUGGGAAUAAUUAUAUUUACGAAUGCAUAUAUGAUUAUAUUUAUAUUAAUUGUUUCCUUAUUGUUUAUCUAUUGUUACCGAUUAUUUUUGUGGACAUCGCGACAAUUGAAUCGUUUGGAUUCAAUCACCCGAUCGCCGAUUUAUAGUCAUUUUAAUGAAAGCAUUUCGGGUGCCGUUUCUAUACGUGUUUAUCGCGUCCAACAAAUAUUUAUAGAAAGAUUGCAAAAACUAAUUGAUAUUAAUAUUAAUAUCAAGCGACACAUGUAUUCAACAACUAUGUGGAUUGAAAUAUGGAGUUGUAUAAUAGCUUCAAUAAUUGCAUUUUCAACUGCAUUGUUGAUUGUUUUUGAACGGGAUCACGUUUCACCGGGAGUGUCCGCUUUUGUGCUGAUAUACUCUGUAGAGAUAGUUUGGGGUAUCGCGUGGUCACUUAGGAUGGCCGCCGAACUCGAAACUGAAAUGGUUUGCGUCGAAAGGGUUAGAGAGUACUCUGAAUUACAAGAGGAAUCCGAUUGGGAUUCRACAUUAGAAAACAAACCGAAAGAUGAUUGGCCAACAAAUGCAAGAAUUGAAUUUAUAAAUUAUACAACUUCUUACAGACCGGGAUUGGAACCGGUUCUUAAAAAUAUCAAUUUCCGAGUGGAGUCGGGAGAGAAAGUGGGAAUAGUUGGCCGAACCGGUGCCGGGAAAUCGUCAAUGACUUUGGCACUCUUCCGUAUUGUUGAGCCAACAUUAGGUUGCAUUAUAAUUGAUGGGAUAGAUAUCACAAAAAUUGGAUUACAUGACUUGCGAUCAAAACUAACAAUUAUACCACAAGAACCAAAUCUAUUUGCUGGAACUCUUAGACUUAAUUUGGAUCCAUUAGAUGAAUAUUCAGAUCAACAAUUAUGGACAGCAUUGGAAAGGUCGCACUUGAAGGAUUUUAUAUCUCAAUCAAGUGAUGGUUUAUUGUAUGAGAUAGAAGAAGGCGGUAAUAACUUGAGUGCCGGUCAGAGACAACUCGUAUGUCUGGCCAGAGCUCUGUUACGUAACACUCGUAUCCUAAUCCUCGACGAAGCGACCGCUGCCUGCGAUCUGGAGACCGAUCUAUUGAUUCAAUCGACUAUUAAGGAAGAGUUCAGCGAUUCAACAGUACUGACAAUCGCUCAUCGAUUGAAUACAGUAUUGGAUUACAAUAAGAUUAUAGUAUUGGAUAACGGGAUGAUUAAGGAAAUGGAUUCACCAGACAAUCUGCUCCGGGAUUCCGGUUCUAUAUUUUAUAGUUUAGCCAAAGAAUUUGGAAUUGUAUGAAAAAACUGUUACAUUUUUGUAUUUAUUAUUAGA